UUGACGUUUCACCGUCUGUUUUCUAUGUCAAAAAGUAAAUUAUGGUGAUCUUUAUAUUUAUUUUAUAUUUUAAUAAUCUUUAAGUUGAUUAUAAUGUGAUUCUAAAUUAUAUUUGUGUAUUUUAUGCGUGCCAUUGUUAUUUUUAGUGUUAUUGAAGUAAUUGUGGAUUGCUAUUAUAUGUGUAUACGUGCUUCAAAUUACGAUGCGUUUCAACAAACAAGAACUGGUCACAUUAGCUAUGCAGCCUUCCACAAAAUUCGAGAAAGAAGGCAUCUUGUACAUAAGAGAACGACAGGAAGGGUUUUUUCGAAAGUCUGAAAGAGGCAAGCGAAGCAAAAUGGAGAAACACGAAAAAAGACUUAGAAACUUGAGUUGUGUGGGGGGAAUAACUAGAGUAAAUUUGGAACGCUGGUGUCGGCUGAGGGGCAAUUUGUUAUUUUAUUUUAAAAGUAAGGACCCAUGGUCGGAACCGUUGGGGGUGGUUGUUCUGGAACAAUGCCAGGUGAGGAUAGAUCCGCCCAUGGCCUCGCCGCCACUGACUAACGAUGGGCAUUAUCCAUUUUAUUUAGUGUUUGACGGUGGUCUGUGCCAGGCAUUGGCUUCUACGUCGGAAAUGGAACGGUCCAGCUGGAUAGACGCGAUAAAAUGUGCCAGUUACGAAGGGGUUAGGGCGGAAUUGAACGCUUUAAGACAGUGCAUAGAGAGGAAGAGGAAUUCUAAGCCGAAUGUAGAUUUGGCAACGUGGAGAUUACAACAGAAUUGCACUCUAGAUGUUAAUGAAGUACCUCUGUAUGAGAUUUCGAUGUCCUGCGAUAAUUUGCUUUGCGACGGCCAUGGUAGACCCCCAAAUCCUUCGUUAGCUGUAGAUAUUUAUAUGCCAGAGCAGAAGUUGUGGGUUCAAUACGGAAGAACCGAAAUUAUUGAGAAAAGCAGUAAUCCUCAAUUUUUGAGGACAGUGAGUUUUAGAUCAUCCGAUGGUUUGUCAGGUGAAUCGCGUGUGAGGUUCACGGUUUUUGACGUGCAGGAACGAGUGUCACACACGGCCAUACCCUUAGGCUCUUCCUGUGUUCUUUUGAGCGCCAUACAAGAUUCCACUAGGUUAAGAAUUCCCCUGAUGUCCAGACAAAACACAACUGCCGGUUUUCUGACCAUCAGCGCAUGGUCUUUAGAGGCCGAGGAUCGUGGUAGUUCCACAGAGCACACGCCAUCUAGAAUUCCAAGUAUCAAUGCCAAUCACGCACAGAUUUGGUCACACAGAAGAUCACAAUCGCUACCUCCACGUCUGGGUGUAAAAAUGCGUCUACCAUCCCAGUCGGAACUGAAACUACUGUUUUCUUCGCCAUAUUUGCACACUUACAGGUUUCAUUCGGGAUUGGGUGGAGACAUUUGCGUGCACGAGUACAUGGCCGAGAGCAAGCUCUGUUUUUCGUUUCCACAUCAGAUUUUGGAUGUAUGGAUUCAUCAAGAAAAAGAACUUCUUCAAGAAGUCGCAGGGAUGGGUGAACUAAGAGAACCGUGGCAUUCAAGACAGGUGGAACUGUUAGACAGGCAUUUACACCUGUUACGACUUUAUUCACAGGCCAGGGAGAAUUUACAAGCGCACAAAGGGGCUUACUUCAAAAAAAGCUCAAGAAAAACGGACAGGAGCUUAGAAUUCGCACCUAUCAACAUGCAUUUGCAAAGGAUGUGGGUGCACAAUGACACAUUGAAUAAAUCCGGCUUCUACGAUUGGAUAACAGUUGGUGCUUUCACUGCGCACUCGCACAGAUCCAAGAAUGGAGGUCUUAUUAGGUUAGUUCAGCAAUUGAAGGAAUCUCCAAUUAAGUCAAGUACAAACUACCAAAUCGCUACAAAGAUAUCAAUGGCCAAUGAUGCAAUACAGGCAAUAAAGCAGUUGCGCAAAGAAGUUGUAGAAGCCAUGAAGACUCUGAUGCGAUUAGCUAAAGAAAAACAAACCAACGGCAUGUUACCAAUUUGCGAAGACAUGAUCAACAAAACUAGGAUACUCCUCAGUCUCUGGGAUCCAGGAUUAGUUGAAGAAGCUCUUAAUUUCAUUGAAGAACACAAACUGGUUGUGACAGACGAUUCAGGGGUUUGCGAUGACUUCAGUCUGGAUAGCAUAGGUGGUCGACCAAGUCUGCUUCUGUCACCUUUCAAAAGAAUAACUCAACAACUAACAUCUCUGGACCUAAAAAGUCCAGAACUGGAAGAUUUUGCCACUCCAUGCGUCCACAAAACCAUGGAGGAUUUGUGGAAGGUUCCAGAAAAAAGAACUGAGAAUUUGUUGAAUACUAGCGAUGGGUUAAAGUCGUUGUGUUCCAACAUGGUCACUCCUGAUGAAACCAAUUUUGUAAUAUUUCCCGAUGUGGAAGAUUCGAAUUUGGAGACAUCCAUGGACAGUAUUCAACUUGAGGUUCCUACCAUUUACAACAACGAAGAAUCAAAGGCUGUUGAUCAAGAUACGGGUACCAGAUUGUUUUUAGACACGAACGCCAUGUGCAAUUCACCUUCGGCAAAUUACUACAAGCCAACGGAUGAACCGGAACCUUGGGACAUCACCCAACUGAAUAUAGAGGCCAGUGUUAUGUGUUUAGUCAGUAAAGUUAAGUUUCUCUGUGGAAGAUGCGGUAGCCCAGCCGUCAGACUCAAACAGAACGCCAACAACCGUAAAAAAAUCGUCCCCGUCCCGCAGCCGGUAGGCAAAAACGUGAUAAAUCAAACGGAUGACGUUACGAAACCCGUUAACAAAGUGGUGAGGAACGGCAACAAGUUCACCGACGGCCUGGACCUGACGAAGAUCAACGAUUGGGCGGCCGAGUUGCGGCCGAGCAUGCGCAAACUGCGUCAAGCGAUGGACGGACUGUUGAAGACGGCCAGAUUGACGCACUCGGUGUUUAGGGUGCAGGAGGACCCUAAGGCGGCGCAGAGGGCUUGCAAUGUGCGGUAUAGGAGGGAUGUUUGUUUUUCACAAGCGCUCACGGCUUUGGUGACGGGUCUAAUGACGAAACUCUGGUGUCACAAACCCGACCCAGCCUACGUCACCACAUUGGGCCAGCUGGGACCCUUGGCCCACUUCGAGGGCCUGCUCAGUUACCACGGCAACGAAGUGGACAUGUGGGGCGACAUGUCAGUGGCCAUAGAAGACUUAAGGACAGUACUUUUCGUUUUAGUCAGGGGGGCUAGCCCUUCCGUCGAACCUGUGCCUUCACCAAAGGUCUCAGGGUGCAGAAAUAGUCUUGUAGUAUCGCUACCUAUACCUGAUAAUCUGUAUAGUUUGUUGCCAUCCAAGCAACCGUUUAGCUUCCAUGUUACCCCUGUAUUUUUUAAUAUAGGUAUAAACGAAAUGGCUUCCAUAGCUGAAAGUAUCGGCGCCACCAGACCUCAGGAGCGAUCCAACAUCGACAACUACGUCAGACUCUACGAAUACUUUCUCCGAUACAGAAAAAUAAAUAAUAAUUGUGAUAACGCACGCACUGCCAGUGGCGGAGCGCAGGGGCUUCCUCUACAAGAACAGCUGAUGGCCUUGAGGACCGAAGUGGACAGCGGCAAAUCCAAAAACGUCGAAGUGUUGAGGCUCUCCGCGCAGAUAUGUAGACAAAUGAAAGGUAUACGUUUUACGAGUUGUAAGAGUGCCAAAGACAGGACAGGGAUGUCAAUUACCUUGGAACAGUGCCGGAUUCUUUCUGAUGAAUAUCAUUUGGCAGAACACGAAUUCCAGAAAGCUUUGGACUGUAUGAGAAGUGAGGGAUGUAGGAUAGAAAACACCAUGAAAAACAUAGGAUUGCGAAAAUUCGCCUUCAAUUCUGUGCAGCUUUUGACGUUUCCGAAAUACUACAAACCCCCACCCGGUACUUACGGUUCUGCGCAGACCUAAGAUGCGCAGAGGUACUACUUUGAUUGUGAACGCGAAUUUCUUCAGAAGGUGCCAAGAAACUCUCCAGUUACGAAUAGAACAUUAGCCAUAUUAAUUAGAUUUCGUUAUUAGGCCCAGAAAAAUAAGUAAUCAUAGAGGAGCUCUAAAAUCACUCAUCUACGUUUAAGUAUUUCUCUGGGUUUUCGCGCUACUUAGAUUCUCCUUAAGUGACUUAAUCACGCACAGUUUUAAAAUUCGUCGAUUUUUGAAGAAAAAAAAAGUUGAAUAUGGCUAAGAGUAAUAAUUACGAUAAUAUAGUCACUGUUAAAUAUACCAUUAUAUUGUUAUUGCUAUACAAGAAGAGAAAAAAAAGAUGUUUUUUGUUGAAUUAAUUUAUGGCGGUCCUGUAUAAAAUGUUUAUUUAUUUAUUAUUUUAUACUUUUUGUCUCACGUACAUUUAGACAAUCUAUGUUUUAUUGCAAAUAAAGAAUGAAAUCUUUUAAGAAA